AUGUUCAAAGGCGGAGAAAAGAAAUUUACUCUCAAUGAUUCUGGCUCACCUCACGUCGGACAGCACGGUUUUCUUAAAUACCCCACUAGACUCAAUUUUUACGACGAUGCACCUUUGUUCGACAUUUCGAUAGAGGAGUUUGAGACCGCUGCAAUAGAUCGCCUGCGUAUUCUUGCGGAAAUAGAGUCAUCUGCAGCGCGCAAUCGAACAUGGGAAGAGCUCAAGACCGUCACUAACGCUCAAUGCGUGAAAUAUCUGCCUUUGAACUCAAAUACAGCAAAGAACAAUGAUAUAGAGUCUGAGCGGAGAAAGGAUCACCUGGGGCAUUUUAUACUGAGGCUUGCGUUUUGUCGUUCAGAAGACCUCCGGCGGCGUUUCAUCAAGGCUGAGACUACAUUGUUCAAAGUGCGCUAUGAAGGGGAUGUAUUUUCCGAGCGCGAACAGUUUCUUAGCUCGCGAGAUUUCAAUUGGGUGCCGGUAACAAAAGCGGAGAAACAAGAACAUUGGAACGAGCUUCUCUCUUCAUACUAUGGUUCGAAGAUUGAAGCGGAAAGGAAGAAGGCUUUCGAAUCAGAGAAAUAUUAUAAGGUCAAAUGGACUCGAGUACCCGACCUGGUGGAGAAAAGAAGAGUGUUUCUUGCAGGAGGAUGGGCAUUCGUACCUGGUCGAGAGCAAUCAAGCAUCAUAUAUCAUGAAUUUGAAGUCCAUAUCGAAAAGGCUCUCGAGAUGACAGCGAGGAUGUUGCCCCGGCUUGACGAAGAUACACGCCUUAUGCCAAUCCUCGACAAUCUUUCGCAAGGGUUUUUAGCGGGUAUCUCUUCAGAAUGGUCCAAUCCUGCUGGAGAGAACCCAGACGAGCUCAAAGCCGAGAUGAUCGAUGAUUUGUCCAAGAAGCAUUUCCCAAUGUGUAUGAAGACGCUCCAUGAUAACCUGAUGAGAGAUAACCAUCUCAAACACUUUGGACGUCUACAGUAUGGUUUGUUCUUGAAAGUGCUUGGCCUUCCGAUCGAAGAGGCGAUCGUGUUUUGGCGAAAAUCGUUCAGCAGAAUGACCGAUGACAAAUUUAACAAGGAACACAAGUACAAUAUUCGACAUUCAUAUGGGCUCGAGGGCAAACGUGCGAACUACCCCGCAAAGAGCUGUUUACAAAUUCUAACCCCUGGGCCUUCGGAUCAUGGGUGCCCUUACCGCCAUUACUCAGCAGAAAACCUACAAUCAGCCCUCCUUUCGACGUACUCGCAGAGCGGGCUGACCUCGGCAGACCUUCCUGAAAUCAUGGCCCAAGUGAAAGCAGGCCAUUUUCACGUUGCAUGUACACGAGUCUUUGAGAUAACGCACUCGUUCCGUGGAGUCAAGAAAGGGGAGGGAAUAGGAGGUGGAGAGAGUGUAACGCAUCCAAACCAAUAUGCGGCCAGGAGCAUGGAGUUGGAUAAGCCUCAGGUUGAAGGAGAUGCGAUGGUAAUUGAGGCUUAG